UUUAGACUUAUAAAAUAAGCUUCAUGAAACAUCGUGCCGUCAGUUUUCGUUGCGACGUGAGCGUGUAUACUAAACGAGUGCAACUAGCGGAUUCCAGUGUGAAAAAUGUGUCUUAAUACCAUUUUUGAUUCAAGCCACAAGCUGGUGUUGUUGGCUUUUGUGGCGGUGCUGUCUGUACAAACGUGCGCCUUAGCGGUCGAAUUUCCCGAUCCCAUUACAAAAUGCCACUUUGCCGACGAAAAAUGCAUGAUCGAGCAGGCGCAAAAGUUGAUGAAGAAAGCGGCCACCGGUGUGCCCGAAAGGGAUAUACCAGCUUUGGAACCGUUGGAGUUGGGCAAUAUCGAAAUGUUAGGCGAUAAAAAUAGCGCGUUAAAAGUUGACUUGGUAAUGAGCGAUGUAGAGUGUUAUAAUUAUACAAAGUCGCGUAUCACAUCAAUCAAAGGCUUUAGCAAAGAUCUCAGCAAACCAAUGAAAGUAGUCACGCAAAAUAUCAACCCCCGCAUUAUUAUCAAAUCGAAAUAUAAAGUCAAUGGCAAUAUACUUGUGCUGCCUAUUAGAGGCGAGGGUGAGCUCACGAUGAUCUUGGACAAUGUAAAAACUCGCUUUACGACUACACUUACAGUGGAGGAACGUGAUGGCAAACAUUUCUUGAAUUCAGAUACUUUUAAAGUCGAAACACAAGUGGAUAAUGUUCACAUCGACAUGACAAAUCUCUUCAAUGGCGACAAAACGCUCUCCGAGACCAUGCUGCAAGUAAUGAACGAAAACUGGCGCUUACUCAGUGACGAUCUAACGCCGGUAAUCAACGAAGCGUUAGGUAAUAAAAUGAAAGAAUUGUUAAAGAAAUUCUUCAAGGAUAUACCAUAUGAAGAUUAUUUUUUGACGGACUAAUAAGAGUGUGUAAUAAAAACUGUAGAAAAUAAUAUAAAAGAAA